AUGGCGCAGUUUAGCAAGAUGGACAUACAGUUGGAAGAAGACAGUCCUGAUGUAUGUGUGGCUUCCUUUAAAAAUGGGCUUCGGGCGGACUCAUUAAAUCGUGAUUUAAUGCGACGUCUGGCGCGUGACAUGAUGGAUCUGAGGGCGAGAGUGCAAGAGUUUAUUAUGAUUGAGCAGGAUGAACAAAACAAAAAAGAGAGAGAGGAUUGGCGAAAGAGCUCCGAGCAAAACACAACCCCUCCUGACCAGCACCAACACCUCGCCAGCCAAGGCCUGAACCCUACCAACAUGUUAAGCAGGGACUUCAAAGCAACACGUGGCAUAGAAAUGCCCAGGUAUCCGCCUCCACCUCGGCGACCACCAAAUAAUGUUGACACCAAUAGGUGGUGUGAGUUUCACAAAGCGUUGGGUCAUACCACCGACAAUCGUUGGACUUUGCGGCGAGAGAUCGACCGACUGAUCAAAGCAGGACACUUCGCAAACUUUGUCAAAGAUACUUCAGUGCAGGAGCCUGCCAAGGCGGUUCAAGAUAAAAAAGGGAAAGACAAAGAGGUGGUGGAGGAAUUAGGCGACCCAUCAGGGGAAUGUGCGUCCAUCGCAGGAGGAUUUGGUGGUGGAGAACUUUCCAGCAAGGUUAGAAAAAGACACGUUGCGGCGGUCCAUUCUAUACAUAAGGCAUAUGAGGGAGCAUGUUGGUUGAACCAUUCCCCAAUCACAUUCACUCCACAAGAUUUUUCACAUGUGAUCCCACAUGACAAUGAUCCCAUUGUGGUAACAAUCACGAUCAACAACUACAGAACUAAGAAAUUGUUAUUAGACCAGGGAUCAUCGGCAGACAUUAUCUAUGGUGACGCAUUUGAUCGUUUGGGUCUCAAGGAGUCAGAUUUAAAGCCAUACCCUGGAACUCUCAUGGGUUUCACGGGCGAUCGUGUUAAUGUCCCAGGUUAUGUGGAAAUCCUGACUGCUUUUGGCGAGGGGGACUUCGUCAAGAAAUUCCAAGUCAAGUACCUUGUCCUUGCUUGUCGGGCAAAUUAUAAUGCUUUGCUCGGCUGUGAUACACUCAACAAAAUAUGUGCAGUAAUUUCUAUUGCACACUUGACCAUCAAAUAUCCGGCGUGCAAUGGAAAAAUUGGAAUUUUGCGUGUCGAUCAAGAAGCGGCGAGGGAUUGUUACCUUAAAAGUGUAGCUCUUUAUGGAAGGAAGGCCACCAAAGAAAGCCAUAGGAUGACUGAGAUCUUUCCACAAGAAAGAUUCACUUUGGAUCCAAGCGAUGACACGGAGGACUUUCGUCCUCAGCCUCUUGAAGAAACAAAAUCUGCAAAUGUAAAGGACAAGGUGCUCAAGAUUGGAAGUGGUUUAUCAGAGGACCAAAAGGCUCAAUUGAUCGCCUUGUUAGGCAAAAUUUUGGAUCUGUUUGCUUGA